CUUAGUCACGUGGUUUUGUUUUGAUCUCACUGUUCAUUUGUUGGAACCACUCGAAACCUUAAAGAAGCCAAGUCUGUAUGAGUUUUUCAUAAAUAAGAAAAUCUGCAGACGCGACCAUGACGGAGGUGAUCGACUCAAAAGCCGACUCUGUGUCCAGCCGACUGCUGGCUGGCCUGUUCGCCCAGAGACGCACCGGCAAGUUUUGCGAUGUGAAAAUUCACAUCGGCAACACCUGUCUGUGGGCGCACUCUUGCGUCCUCAGCACCUUCAGCUCGAGGCUGUACGACGCCUUCGUCAACCUGGACAGCGACGGCCGCAAACAAAACCGUAAACACCUGAAUCUCUACAAAAACUGGUCGCUCAACAAACCGCUGGAAAUUUUCCUGUCCGACUUUGGUGCCGAAGAGGGCGAGGAGUGUCUGAAGUGCGUCGACAAGGUUGUUGACUUUUUGUACAACGGCCGCAUCGCCAUCGACCACGUGGACCACAUCGGACACGUCGAGAGACUCGGCAAGUUGCUCCAGAUCAACGAGUUGGACGAGGUGUGCCAGGAGGCCAGAAUGAAACUGAAAGAAGAUGUGCCGGAGGAAGAGACGGAAUUACUGAUUGACCGAGAUAAAGAGAAAUGCAGAAAAACACAGCUUGCUGGAGGAAAACCGUACAGUUGUUUGGCCUGUGGCUCCAAGCAGAGGACGGUUGCUGCCCUUUUGCAGCACCUUCGAGAGCCGUCGCACGAAAACACCAGUCUUGACUGUUCCCUUUGCCUUAGGUACACUGCAAAGUCCGAGUCUGACCUGAGGUUGCACCUGGCUCUGCACGAUCACUCGCUGCCCUUUUUCUGCGCCAGUUGCGACGCCCGUUUUCGAACUCGCACGGCGCUUUCCUCGCACGAGCCGCGCCACUCGACCCAGACACCGUUCCUCUGCGGAAAGUGCGGCAAAGGCUUCAAGUGGAAACACGCGCUCAUCAACCACGAGUUGGUGCACUCGGACGAGAAGAGGCACUUGUGUGACACGUGCGGCUUCUCGACGGCUCACGUCAGCACCUUCAGGGCGCACAAGAUGGUGCACGCGGGCGUCUGCUUCAAGUGUCCGGUGGCCGACUGCCAGUUCGUGGCCACCAGGAAGCAAUCGCUCAUGCAGCACAUCCCCACACACACCAACCAGAAACAGUACCAAUGCGAGAUUUGCGGUCAAAGUUUCACGAUGCACAAGAACCUUCGUCGUCAUGCUGCCAAACACGAGCCUUCGCCAGAGGGUCUGACGUGUUGUCCUGUGCCCGGGUGUCUCUACUCAAACACCCGCCUGGACAAAAUCAAAGCUCAUGCUGAGAGACACAAGUCUGGCAAACCUGUGCGCAACUCCCUCAUUCCUCGAGUGCGCCAGUCGAAGAUAAAAAAACAAAACACUCCUGUUCCGUCGUUCCUCAAAAGUGCUGCGGAGCCGGUGGCCGAAAAAAACUUUGUGGUUGUGAUUCCAAUGGAAGUUGCUCCCUUGGUGGACGAUUUGAGGAGUCAUGAUAUUGAAAUUUCUGCAGUAUCCGAGUAAUUGGCUGCAUUUUAUUGUUCAAAAUAAAUUCACAGAAUGUCCAAAAGUAACAUUGGUCAAGUCUCUAAACAAA